AAAAAAAACAGAAGGGAGACCACAAAUCAAAACAAGGACAACAACUCAGAUGUGGAGUCGCUGCUAACGGCUCUCACCUGAAGAGAAGAAAGGACACGUUCACUGAGGAGACGGUCAGAGCGAGUGACUAGAGCACUAGAGCCGUGCUACACAUCCCACUGACAACAUCUGAAGACUGCCUUAUCUUGGUGAAAGCCAAGGAACAAAGAUGGAGUCUGUUUAUAUUAAGCAGGAGGAGGUUCUGGACUUGCUACCUAUCUGCAUUAAACAGGAGAUGUCUGAACUGGAUCCAUUCCACAUUAAAGAAGGGACUGAACUGAAGCCUGUCCACAUUAAAGUGGAAAAUACUGAACUGACGCCUGUCCACAUUAAAGAAGAGACUGAACUGAAGCCUGUCCACAUUGAAGAAGAUGGGACUGAACUGAAGCCUGUCCACAUUAAAGUGGAAAAUACUGAACUGACGCCUGUCCACAUUAAAGAAGAGACUGAACUGAAGCCUGUCCACAUUGAAGAAGAUGGGACUGAACUGAAGCCUGUCCACAUUAAAGUGGAAAAUACUGAACUGACGCCUGUCCACAUUAAAGAAGAGACUGAACUGAAGCCUGUCCACAUUGAAGAAGAGACUGAACUGAAGCCUGUCCACAUGAAAGAAGAGACUGAACUGGAGCCUAUCCACAUUAAAGAAGAGGAGACUGAAUUGCAGCCUUUCUACAUUGAAGAGUCUGUUGACUUGUUUAAGUAUUCAGAAAGCAUGUGCCGGCCACACAUAUCACAUCAGUGUACUGAAUGUGGGAAGAGCUUCAGUCGAUUAGGACACCUAAAAACACAUCAGCGAAUUCACACUGGAGAGAAGCCGCACCACUGUACUGAAUGUGGUAAGCGCUUCAGUCAGUUAGGAGACCUAAAAAGACACCAGCGAAUUCACACUGGAGAGAAGCCAUAUCACUGUACUGAAUGUGGGGAAAGCUUCAGUCGGUUAGCAAGGCUACAUAUACACAGGCGAAUUCACACUAGAGCCAGCCUCCCAUCCUCCCAGUCCCUCGCCUCUCCACCUUGCUUGUUUGUGUGUGUGGAGAGCUGUCUGAUUCCUUGUCUCUCUCUCACCCUGCAGUAAAGGAAGGGGGUCCGCACAAGUGAGAGCCGGAGACACUGGUAUAGUAAGCAAACUUGUUCAAUUUGCAGACGACACAAAAAUAGGAGGAGUGGCAAACACUGUUGUAGCAGCAAAGGUCAUUCAAAAUUAUCUAGACAGCAUUCAGAACUGGGCAGACACAUGGCAAAUUACAUUUAAUAGAUUAUGGGAUCAAUAAGCUACUAACAACCAAACGAGCAAGAUGGGCCGAAUGGCCUCUUCUCGUUUGUAAACUUUCUUAUGUUCUCAUGACAUUGAGAAGCGGAGCGCGUCAAACUGAAGGAGACAGACCUAUUCUUUCAGAAUGAACUGGAGAGCACUGGGAUUCAGCUCCACUCCUGCCCCUGAACUGGAAAUGACUCUCACUCAUCAUGCUGUGAGGAUUUAGGACAGAGUUACAAGGUCAUUCUACUUAGCUUUUUCACUGAACACUUAGAUGUGUGAUACGAACCAAACACAUUAAACAAAGCUGCCAAUAACAUCUAUGAUAUUUUAGCUAUAAAUGGCAUUACUGUGUACCAGUGUCAGUGAGUACAUGUGACAAGGAGCGACAGGAUCAGAGCUGCAAAUCUCCCUCCCAACCCAAGAGGGCGCUAAGCAGAGGUACUUGCACACCUCUACUGAGACUAGCCGGCUUGGAGAGGGGGACAGAAACGUAAGUCAGCCAUCUUAGUGCUGGGCGGAAUUACCAUAUUAGAGGACAAGAUUACUGUGAUCAGAUGUGCUGAGUUGCGCUGAUGAUGGGGUGGAGUCUCUGUAUAUAAGGGCUGUAAUUUUGUAAGUGAAUAUAACUGGACAAAUUAAUGAAUCUCUGUGUCUUGAAGAAAAAGGGCCCCUUUCCUGGCAGACAUACUGAACUGUAUGACCACUGAACUACGUGACCAGGGCUAGGUGGCAUCUGGACUGGAUUAGGCUGAAAGGACAGUUGACGUAUGUAUACGAAAAUGUAUAGUUCAGACUGACCAUAACCCUCUGAGAUGGCUGGAUCAAAUGAAGGACAAGAAUUCUAGGCUAACGUGCUGGAGUCUUUCCUCCCUCAAGCACAGUGCCAAUUAAUAAUAAUAAUUGUAUUUUAAAUCGGCAGAAUACAUAAGAACAUAAAGUUUACAAACGAGAGGAGGCCAUUCAGCCCAUCUUGCUCGUUUGGUUGUUAGUAGCUUAUUGAUCCCAGAAUCUCAUCAAGCAGCUUCUUGAAGGACCCCAGGGUGUCAGCUUCAACAAUAUUACUGGGGAAUUGGUUCCAUACCCUCACAAUUCUCUGUGUAAAAAGUGCCUCCUAUUUUCUGUUCUAAAUGCCCCUUUAUCUAAUCUCCAUUUGUGACCCCUGGUCCUUGUUUCUUUUUUCAGGUCAGAAAAGUCCCCUGGGUCGACAUUGUCUAUACCUUUUAGGAUUUUUAUAUAAUAUUAGUGGGAACACACUUUAUAGGGCAGGCAGGACAGAAGAGGCAGAGGGGUAGCGCUAUACAUAAAAAAUAGUCUUGAAGCCCAGGUGUUAAAUCUGGACAAAGAAAACAACGCUGAAUCAAUAUGGGUCAGAAUAAUGGACGCAAAUUCAAAGGGCAUAAUAAUAGGAGCAUGCUAUAGACCACCAAUUUCAAACGCUGAGCAAAAUGAUCUGUUAUACAGUGACAUUAGAAAUGCGUAUAGAAAAGGAGAAGCCAUACUAAUGGGGGAUUUCAACUUCCCCCGUAUAAAAUGGGAGAACCCGGUGGGGAGCAUGACGGACGACAUUUGAAAUGGUAUAAACGACAAAUGACUGCUUCCUAACGCAAUUUGUCAAGGCACCGACUAGACGGGAGGCAUGCCUUGAUUUAGUCUUUUCAAAUAACAAAGACAGAAUAACUAAAACAGAGGUCAGAGAGCCAUUGGCAAACUCUGACCACAACAUGGUCUCAUUUGAAGUGUUUUUUAAAACCCCAAAAGUAAUGACUAAAGCUAAGGUUUACAAUUUUAGAAAAGCAAACUAUGAAGGUAUGAAACAGAGACUAACAGAAGUAGAUUGGAGUAAAAUAGAGAAAACAUCCAAAGAAAAAGGAUGGCUGUUUUUUAAAAAUGUAGUACUAAAGAUGCAAAACAAUUAUAUUCCAAAAGUAGACAAAUCUAAAUCUAAAACAAAAUGGCCAAAAUGGUAAAAUAGAUAUUUCUAUUACACGAGAGUAAAUGUUAAAACUUCAUACUGAUUUGAACUCGGCUCUCGCCAAGAUAAGCACCAACUAAGACGUAGCUUUACAGUAAACUAAUGUGAUCCAUCUGUGUCUCCAUCCAUUUGCGCUUCCUUCCAUAUGAUGAUGUAGAUAUCCUUCUGUUGAUGGCUGAAGUGUAAUGCUGGCUCCAGGGAUCAGAUUAUUGCCUCCCUAGUGUAUCAGUACACAAAACGGCUGCGAUGCUGGCUCCGGGGAUCAACCACAGUGCGGUCUCCCCAGCGCAUCAGAAUGACAACCGUCUGGAUUGAGCUAAGUAAGGUACAUCUCUGGGGUCUUCAAGUGGGCACCUUCCAUCCUCGGUGUUUCAUCGACUAGCCCACCACACCUCAAGAGGGCUCGACAGUGAUUCUGGCGUCCCAGCAUCACCCCCCUCCGUCCCCCACUCAACCCAGCUUACUUACCUGUACAUCAGCGUUUCUUUCUAUCUAUUGUGCUUAAGAUCCCCAGCCAAAAUCUUUCCGUCUCAACCACAGCCAGUUGCUGCUCCUCUCUGCUGCUUCAGAUAAGUUAUUCACUGUGCGACGCAACUCUUGGCCACUGAAUCUGACGUCUCUGAGAAACCGGGUUGUAGAGUGUGCCACAAAUCCUCGACAACCCACCUCCACUGGGUAAACCCGGACUCUCUAUCCUCGCUGUUCCGCUUCAGUGGCUAGUUGAGCGUACCACAGUUUCUUCCUCUCAUACGCCUCAUCUACAGCAUCCUCCCAUGGCACUGUUAACUCCACCAGGUGAACAAGGCGUGCUGAUCCAGACCACAAGACAAUAUCUGGCUGAAGGUUAGUGGUGGCAAUCUCAGGUGGGAAAAUAAGCUGUUGACCUGCCAGCAUUUUCCAGUUUCUAGCAGCUUCCAGUUGUCCUGGGCGAGGAUUGGUUUUAACACAUUUUCUUGGUGGUUGCUCUCCUGGUUGGAGGAAUGUUGUCUUUUGUGUGUAAUGUUUUGAUGGAACAGGUGGCAACUUAUUGGUCAUGUUACGCUUGUCUUCCAAUGCUAAGGCCAAACAUCGCAGCACCUGGUCAUGGCGCCAAGUAAACCGUCCUUGGCUAAGAGCCACUUUACAUCCUGUCAAAAUGUGCAUUAAUGUUGCAUGCAAUGAACACAAAGGACAUGAGUGAUCCUCUCCUACCCAGAGGUUUAGGUUCUGUGGUGAUGGGAAAACAUCAUAUGUUAACCUGAUGAGGAAACUGAUCCUCCUCUGUUCCAUUGACCAUAGGUCUUGCCAGCCAAUCUUGCGUUGUUCCACACUUUCCCAACUCAUCCUCUCCUCCUGCUUUUGCACCUCGUUGACUACCAGCUUCCUCCGUUGAGCUGGGGCUGCCUUGUUCCAUGUAGGAGGAGCUGAACUGAGACCAAGACCCCCUCUUCCAUGCUGAACUUGCCCCAUGAUAUCACCAAUUCGAAGGGCAGCCUUUGCAUCCUCCACAGUUUUCUUUGCCGCCCACUUCCAGUUUUCAACACAGGUGCUACCUCCCUUAUGCAUUUGUCACGUGACUACUAAUGUCAUUUCCAGUCUGACCUUGGCACACUUAAACUCCUCGGUUAGAGCGGAGACUGGUAGCUGCAAUAUUCCUUUACCAUAAAGUCCCACUCUGCUGAGGCAGGGUGGAACUCCUAACCAUUUCCUGAUGUAUGAACUGAUUAAAUCUUAUUGUUUAAUUGGUAAAUGUUAUUGGUUAAUUUGCCCAAUAAUCGAUUAGUGCAGGCUACUGUUGUAGUCAUGGUUGUCAUGUUAUCCAUGUAUGCUCGAAUUGGUGGUAGUCGCAUUCCAGAAGCCAAGCGCUCUCCUCCUACUACCCAUUUUGAUGCCCUAAUGAUUACUCCCAUUGCCAUGGUAAAAGCCAGUGGAGAAAAGGUGCAUCCUGCCAUUAUUCCAGCUUCUAAGCAUUGCCAUGUAGUGCUGAAUUCUGAAAUUGAAAAACUAAAUUGCAAAUCUCCAAAGUAGGCUUUCACUAAAUUUGUUAUUGUCAUCGGUACACUGAAAAAAUCAAAUGCUGCCCAAAGAAGUUCAUGUGGCACUGAACCAUAUGCAUUAGCCAAAUCCAGGAACGUCACAUGGAGCUCCUUCCUCUCCUUUUUAGCUGAUUGAAUUUGUUGCCAGAUCACAUUGAUGUGUUCUAAGCAUCCUGGGAAACCUGGAAUGCCCACUUUUUGUAUUGAAGUGUCAACGAAGCAGUUCUUUAAUAGGUAAGUUGACAAUCUCUGAGCAAUAAUGCUGAAUAAAAUCUUGCCUUCUAUGUUUAAUAGAGACAUAGGGUGAAACUGACUGAUGCUUGUAGAAUCUUUUUCUUUAGGUAUAAAGACUCCACCUGCUCGGUGCCAUGCUCUUGGUACAACCUGUUUUUCCCAUGCCACUUUCAUCAAUUUUCACAGAAUUCGUAGAACUCCUGAAGCACUCUUGUACACUCUGUACGGAACUCCAUUAGGCCCUGGAGAUGAUGAAGCCCUUGCUUUUUUCACAGCUUGCUCUAUUUCUUUCCACUUAGGUGCACAGUCCUCCAUUUGGUAUUCUGGUGGAUUGAUAGGUGGGAUGUCUGAAGGAAUUGACAUAGGCUCCUGCCUUUUUGAAUCUGUAUGUGUUUCCUCCAAAUACCUCUCCAGCUCAAACUUAGAUGCUUUUAGUGUGCCAUUCUUCGCACUGGUGAAUAACUUCUUUACAAAUUUGAAUGGGUCUUUUUGUAGUGUUUCCGAGGGCACACAGCUCUGCACAAUGUUGCAAGCUUAUCUUUUAUGACCCUUUGUAAGAGAUUGAGUCCCUCCUUGUGACUUUGUUUUGCUCUUCUCCAUUGCUUCCUCAGCUGUCUCCUUUCUCUAACUAAACAUUCAAUCUCCUGCUGCCGUCUAGACUUUCCAGGAAUAGUUUGUACUUUGUCCUUCCUUUUUUCAACUCCAAACCUCUCGCUUCCAUAUGCAUAGAUGAUGUCCUCAAAUUUAUCCAGCUUCUUUUCAACUGUUCCACUUAACCUUUCCAACGCAAAGCAGAGAUGUGUGUUUACUGUGUCCCAUGCAGUUUUCUCACAAGCUCUAGGCCUGUGCCCGUCGAGGUUAUUUUCUCUCUUAUGCUGGUUUGUCUUACCGGGUUCACAAGGAUCAUUAGGUUCAUCACUAACUGUGUCCAUGCAAGUCCUCCUCACGUCUAUGACAAGGGUGCUGAUAUCCUGCGAACUGUGGUUUGCUUCCUGUCGCUGGAUUUCAUUUGACUGACUUGACUGACUUCGUAAGAAGUACCGAUCAAUGCGAGGCUCUUGUCUCUUCUCCCUCAAGCAUUUAAUUCUCCCUUGAUGAAUCUUCAAAACCCUGACCGUUGUUGCCUUGCUCCAGCCGCAGACACAAACCUGGAGUUCCAUGUCUUUACUAACUGCAGAUCUUGGACUAGUCUUCUGUGAAAUACUCUCCAUACUCAUAUCCGUUUCCAUUCCUAACCGUGUUGUCCAACGUUGAGUCAUCUUCCGCCCCCGCUCUCGCAGUCUCUAGGGGUAUUUUUCUCUUUAAUUUCUUAGAAGCCUUGGGCGGGUGUCUCCAGCAUCCUAUAAACACAGAGCUGGAUACUGCCGACAAGGGUAGCUAACCCUUACCAGCCCCAAUGGGGUCUCUUUCCUCCUGUCAGCUGUCUCUCCAGGCUGUCACAAGGUCUUUCCCUUGUUGCCAGCUGCACUAUUCACAGCAGUCACUGGACGUAUCCAGAUCUUCAUGAUUUCCAUUACACGAGAGUAGAUGUUAAAACUUCAUGCUGAUUUGAACUCGGCUCUCGCCAAGAUAAGCACCAACUAAGAUGUAGCUUUACAGUAAACUAAUGUGAUCCAUCUGUGUCUCCAUCCAUUUGCGCUUCCUUCCAUUUGAUGAUGAUGUAGAUAUCCUUCUGUCUGGUGUUGAUGACUGAGGUGUAAUGCUGGCUCCAGGGAUCAGCUUAUUGCCUCCCUAGCACAUCAGCGCACACAAUGGCUGCGAUGCUGGUUCCGGGGAUCAUCCACAGAAAAAGGAUGGCUGUUUUUUUAAAAAUGUAGUACUAGAGGUGCAAAACAAUUACAUCCCAAAAGUAGACAAAUCUAAAUCUAAAACAAAAUGGCCAAAAUGGUUUAAUAGAUCGAUUAAAAAAAUAUUCAGCGAAAAAAGGCACUUUUCAAAGCGUUUAAAAGGGACCAAAAACAAAGUACACAGAAAGAGUACUGGGAACUGCAAACACAAGUCAAAAAGGAAGUUAGAAAGGCCAAGACAGAGAUAGAAAUAAGUAUUGCUAGUGGGCUAAAACCAGUUCCAAAAUGUUUUUCCAAUAUUAUAACAGCAAGAGAACAUUCAAAGAGGAGUUUAAAUGUCUAAGAGACACAAAUGGCAAAAAACAUAGAUGAAGAAAAAAAAAUAGCAAAUAUAUUAAAUGAUUACUUUUCACAGGUUUUUACAAAGGAGGACACAGACAUGUUGACGUGUUCCUGUCCAGUUUUAAAUAACUUUAGCAUAACAGAGGCAGAAGUGUUAAAGGGACUAGGAGCUCUUAAAAUAAACAAAUCCCCUGGGCCGGAUGAGAUCCUUGACACGGGUUGUACCGACAGACUGGAAAAUUGCAAACGUAAUACCGAACCACAAAAAGGGAGACAAAACCGAACCAGGUAACUACAGACCAAUAAGCCUGACUUCUAUUAUAUGUAAACUUAUGGAAACUAUAAUAAGAUCUAAAAUGGAAAAUUUCCUAUAUGGUAACAAUAUCCUGGGAGACAGCAUGGUUUUAGGAAAGGGAGAUUGUGUCUAACUAACCUCCUUAAUUUUUUUGAGGAUGCAACAUCGAAAAUGGUUAAUUGCAAAGUAUACAACAUGGUUUACUUAGAUUUCCAGAAAGCUUUUGACAAAGUCCCGCAUAAAAGAUUAAUUCUCAAACUGAAUGCAGUAGGGAUUCAAGGAAAUGCAUGCACAUGGAGUAGGGAGUGGUUAACAUGUAGAAAACAGAAAGUACUGAUUAGAGGAGAAACCUCAAAAUGGAGCGAGGUAACCAGUGGUGUACCACAGGGAUCAGUAUUAGGUACUCUGCUAUUCCUAAUCUACAUUUAUACUUUAGAUUCUGGUAGAGUAAGCAAACUUGUUAAAUUUGCAGAUGACACAAAACUAGGAGGAGUGGCAAAGGUCGUUCAAAAUGAUCUAGACAGCAUUCAGAACUAGGCAGACACACGGCAAAUGACAUUUAAUAGAGAAAAGUGUAAAGUAUUGCACGCAGGCAAUAAAAAUGUGCAUUAUAAAUAUCAUAUGGGAGAUACUGAAAUUGAAGAAGGAAUCUAUGAAAAAUACUUAGGAGUUUAUGUUGACUCAGAAAUGUCUUCAUCUAGACAAUGUGGGGAAGCUAUAAAAAAAGGCUAACAAGAUGCUCAGAUAUAUUGUGAGAAGUGUUUAAUUUAAAUCAAGGAAAGUAAUGUUAAAACUUUACAAUGCACUAGUAAGACCUCACCUAGAAUUUUGUGUUCAGUUCUGGGCACCUCAUUACAAAAAGGAUAUUGCUGCUCUAGAAAGAGUGCAAAGAAGAACAACCAGAAUUAUCCCUGGUUUAAAAGGCAUGUCGUAUGCAGACAGGCUAAAAGAAUUGAAUCUAUUCGGUCUUGAACAAUGAAAACUGCACGGGGAUCUGAUUCAAGCAUUCACAAUCCUAAAAGGUCUAGACAAUGUUGACCCAGGUGCCUUUUUUGACCUGAAAAAAGGAACAAGGACCAGGGGUCACAAAU